AUGGAUUCCACAAUUGGCAUAGGCGUCUCAGGCCAUUUUGAGAAUAUUAUUUUGUUCACAUACAAAAAUAUUAUUAAGAGUACAGUAUGUUUUGCAGAAAUGGUUGGCCAGAUCCAUGCUGCCCAGAAAGUACGGGACGAGGCCAUGAUGUCGAGAAUUAAACUUGCUAAUGAGGAGCGAGAUGCAGCUAUCACUCAUAGCAGGGCUAUGAUGGACAGGUUGAGUCUGUCACCACGGGGAACUGCUGCGCCUGCUACUAAUAUUGACGUUGAGCAAGAUCUUCCAUCGGGUGGCAAUAGUAGCUGCACUAGUUCCCCGAGACGUAGUGACAGACGUUAUUGUAGGUCCAGUGAUCAUAUACCCUCAUCAGUUUCUUCAGGCACUGCCUGUACCUCUGUACCUCCAGCUUAUACACAGGGGUCGGAACAGAGGACCCUCGGUGACCGAGAAUCUGCUACACUGGCUCAGCUGGCAACCCUGGAGGAUGAACUACGUACACUACGCCUUGCAACGGCCAUCCAUCACACAUUGCACGAAGGAGGUGAUGGUGGUACUGCAGGAACAGCUGCAGGUGUCAGUCGUAUCUCGGCUGAGUACAUGGAGGGCCUUUGCACACAGCUGCGAGAAAGUGAAGCCUCAAGGUGGCAGCUUCAUGACCAGUGCACACGCUUGGAACGGCUUGUGAAUGUUCUCCGAAAGAAAGUAAAUGGUCUGAAUGUUGUGGAGCCAAGUUUACGACAGGAUGGAGCAAAGCUGACACUGGUCGACCUUACUCUUCAUGGUCCCCCAACUGAGGGACCUCCAAACUUGGGACAGCGCAAUCCUACUGCAUCAACUUCCUCAGAAGGAGAACCUAAGGAUAGUCUUUCAUCGCUGGAAUCUGUGGAAACUGCCUCAGCUUCAUCAUGGAGAAGAGGGGAUGUGGCAAAUACCUCAAAUCAUUCUGCUGCAAACUUUCAUUCCAGUUACAUGUUGCAUAACACUCCCAGCCAUCUUUCCACCCUCAACCCCAGCCAUAACAAUCAUACAAAUCUCACUCAUCCCACCACAGUGCAAGCCAGUUCAGCUCAGGCAAUGCCCAUUCAUUCAAAUCACUCGAGCUUGUCUACAUCUUCAGGCCAUACACCCAGUGCCUCUCCACAUCAUCAUAGACAACAAGGAACAAGCGAGAGAGAUUCUAGGCACAUUCCUGGAGUAACCAUUGUUGGACCUAUUACUGAACUCUGACUAGAAUAUGAAAACUUUAUCCAACGUUGACUUGGCCUGUAGAAACACUUUAAAUUUUUAAGCAUGAGAGUAAGAAAAACAUUUUGAUUUUGAAAAUCACUCUGGUUUAGUGAUAAUACUUUUAAGUUUGGAAUUGACUCGUAUUCAUAUUUUCAGGAAUUCAAAAUUUUCAUGCAGUUUGUAUGAAUUAUAUUAUGCUCUAGCAUAACUAUCAGCAAAACUUGACAUCUCCGUCCUCUUGUACUUACAUGUGUGAUAUACUUGCCUUGCAAUUCUUGGAGUUCUCAGUUUCCUAGUAUGGUGCUUUGUGACACUCCAUGAAGGGUCCAAGUUUAUUGUUGCAUUCUUCUCAACAGGGUGAUCAAAAUAUCCAUAGGCAAGUGUCACAUUUUGACUAACCCUCUCUUUGACAGUACAGUAUUCUUGCUUCAUUACUCAUGACAGGGAUCCUAUUAUCAUCUUUCCAUUCAUGUAGUAUGGAAGGAGCAGGAAGGAUCUGUUGCAAUACAUUGUAUUUUCCAGAUACAGUAGGUCACUGAUUAUCUGGCACCUUUGAGGGAAAGGGUGCAUCAAAUUUUCUGAAGCACUUGAUCAUAGUUUUUUUAUUGUCUAUUUUUGUCAUUUUUCCUUUUUUUUAGCAUUAUCUAUAUGCAUGCCAGAUCAAAAAGACUUUUGGAUAUUGUUGGAUACCAGAUAACUGAUUGCUGGAUUAUCGGUGAUCUGUUUUUUAAUAAUCGUUGUCCAGUUAAUUAUCAGUGUACCAACUGCUAUGAAAUAUGAUAUUUAUUUUUUCAUUGACAUUCUUUUGUCAGAGAAAUUAGUUUAAAUAUUGUUUGUAGUCUACAGACUACAUUUCAUUUAAGUUUGUUCAUAAAAUUUUUUUUGGUUCAUAGUUUUCACAGUGUAUCACAAAAUAAGAUCAUGUGGCAAGAUUAAAUCCUAUUGUUAUAAAAUAUUUAAUACCUAAUAUAAUUUGUUAGUGUGGGAUGUGCUUUAACUUUGAUGAUUUAGGAUAUCCUCAUUUUGAAUCUGCAACCUCAUAUAAUUACACUAAAUCACUGAAAGCCCAGUUGUACAAGUAUCUCUCGUUGUAUGCUGUAGAUGCAUGUCAGGCCCAUGGCAGGUAUUCUAAGCUUAUUCAAUUCAUAAACACUUAACUGCACAUAACAAGAUUCUUAAAUAUGCUUUGCAAACUUUAUCAGUCAUAUAUGGUAAGUGUAUGUUGUCUGUAUGGAAUUACUGAUGGAAAUAGGACAUCACAUAAUAGUGAAUUUGCAUAAAAUGAGGGGAGCCUGUAUAUUGUUUAUGGCUUGAAUGUACAUUAGUACUAAUUCAGUUACAUUACAAUUAUUCAGUGUUUUAAAUAAGAUGAGAAUUAUGAAAUGAAUCUAUUUUAUUUUUGAUGCAAAUGUCAAGAACAUCUUUCUUAAUGGGAUAUCAUUGAACUGGGAGAGUUAAGCAUCACUGCUAAUAUAAUUGGAGGGAUUAUAUUUCAGUUUUUAUGGUGCUAAGUACAGUAUGCCUGGAGGAAUGACAAGCAAUCUCUUCAUAGUUUUGUUUUAAUAGAACAGACUUGGAGAGAGGGGGUAAAGGAGGUUUUGUGGGCAAGGGGCUUGGACUUCCAUCAAGCAUGUGUGAGCAUAUUAGAUAGUAGGUGGAGAUGAAUGGUUUUUGGGACCUGAUGAGCUGUUGGAGUGUGAGCAGGGUAAUAUUUUGUGAAGGGAUUCAGGGAAACUGGUUAGCCAGACUUGAGCCCUGGAAAUGGGAAGUACAAUGCCUGCACUUUAAAGGAGGGGUUUGGGAUAUUGGCUGUUUGGCGGGACAUGUGAACUGUCGUAUCUGAGUGCCUCUGCAAAGACAGUGAUUAUGUCUGAGUGAGGUGAAAGUGUUGAAUGAUGAUGAAAGUAUUUUCUUUCUUUUUGGAUCACCCUGCCUUGGUGGGAGAUGGCCAGCGUGUUAAAAAAAAAAAAUUGGCAAAGUAGCCAGGUAGGGGUAGAGUUGGAGGGAAGGAGUAAAAUUGGUUUUGAGUGUUAGGGGCAUAAGUGUCCAACAGGCUUGUGUAAGCAUGUUAGAUCAGAGUGAGUGGAGACAAGUGAUUUUCAUGGCAUGACAUGCUAUAGGUGUGAGCAAAUGUAGCAGUUAAGGGAUUUAAGGAAACUGGUUAGCUGGGCUCGAGCCUUGGAGAUGAAAAAUACUGUGCCUCAUUAUGAAGGAAGGGUAAAUGUCUGGAAGAUCAGUUGAAUUGUGAUGUUUGCUUAUUUCUUUCAAGAUGGCUAUUGAAUGAGUUAUAAUGAAUGUGUUUCCCCUUUUUUGGUCAUCCUACCUUAGUGGAAGACAAUUAAAGUGUUAAAAAAAUGGUUUUAUUCAAAUUUUAUUAGAUAAUUUGCUUUUAGAUCCAUUUGCCUGGCAAAAUUGUUUAGCCUUUCAGUUUCCUAAUUUUUAAAAGCAUGUUAUAUGUAAACAGUGUUGUAGUCUAGCAGUCAGUUACACUUUUAUUUAAACAGAAGGGUAGCCAGAGUGGAAUCAUAGAUACUGUAGCCUAUCAAGAUAUGAAGCGCACAGGCAGUGAGAUGCUUGAAGGAUGUUUCUGCCCCAACUUUGGAGAUGGUGGCUGCGGCUCGUGUCCUUGCCCACCACCUUACAAUUUCAUUUUGAAAAAUUUAUGGUGGGAAUGGAUAUAAAUUUGGAAGAGAAGUGAAAUAUAGUUCGACCCACUUAAUUUUAAUGGAAAAAAUUUCUUGAAAAUUCCUGAAAAUAAGGUUAAAAAAUGAAGAAACGAAAAUAUUGUAAAAUACCGUAGAGUAUACAUUUUGAUAUUGAGAUUUGAGUAAAGUUUUCCCCAUAGGAAAAGAACACUUUGAUCUAUAAUACCACACUAACAAGGAACAGUGCAAAUGAAGGAAGUCAGUUUUCUAAUGUCUGAACAGAGUGAAGAGGUGAUGAAUGAGGAAGGAUGAUUUUCAUGAGAAGAAUGUUGUAUGUUAAUUAGGCAUCAUAAAUAUGCAUGUGCGUAAGUAUGCUUUUGUCAGACUGGCCAGUUGGACACGUAUUGGACGGUGAUGUCAUUUGUUUACUCUUGAACAUUGGCAAAAAUCAAACAUUUCUGCUACUUUGAGCUCAAUUUCAAAGUACUUUUCAUUGUGAAAUCAAUCAGAAUCAUCUCUAUUUCUGUAGUAUAUCUUCCAUUCUAUCAAAUGAGACCAAGAAAACGAAUACAAUCAUAAAUACCAUACAAAAAUACACCUCAAAGUCGGUGUUUUAAAACAAAAACACGUCAGCGUUUUUUUUUUCCUCAUUAUGCACUGCAUGCUGCAGGAUUUUUUUUAUGCUGUGCACACUGACCACGCGGACCCAUUCUCUCACAUGUAGGUCUACCAGCUUUCUCCCGAUAGAUUUGAAGCCACUAGAAUUUUGGCGUAUUAAUACAUCACUGACACUAGCUUGUAAGCCGUACCUAUUUGUCACCGACAGUGAAAAGGUUAAUGACUGGCCUGGCUACUCAUUGGACUCAAUGGAAAACAUUUGGAACCUUGGUAAGUGUAGGUUUUGUGGCUUAGACAUGUCCUCCAACCCCAAAAUCUCAAGUGCCAUUAAGCAGGUUUAGAGGGUAUUGACUGACUUCUAUCCUCCAUAAGUUAGCCUUAUCAGUGCCUAGGAAGGGUAACCCUAGAAAAUACUUAUUUAGGUGAUGAACCCAUAAAUAUUUCAGUAUUUUAUUUUUAAGACAAUAAGGUGAGGAUUCUCAUUAUCUGUGUGAUCUGUUUAUGCACAUUUAUGAUGCCUUCUGUACUGUACAAGGUGCCUCUAAAAGAGGUUAAUUCCAUGAGUAUUGGAUCUUUUAAAAGGGUCGAUAUUUUUUUUAUUCUGUGUAUAAGGAUCUGUGAACAUUGUUCCUCAGUCAAUUCACUCAGUGUUUUACAAAAUGAUGUUACACUUCAGGAAAUGAAAUUUGAGGCUGAAAUGCUAAUCUAAAGCUAAAACUAAUGCUGCAUUAUGUUUCUCUUAGGACUAUUUUUAUCUUGCCCAAUGAUUUUUUUAUAUUAAUUUUUGUUAUAAGAAGAGAAAAUUUUAAAGUGUAGCACUGUUAAGAGAGAGGAUAAUUGAUGGUAGAUGAAAAGGAUGCAGUGACAUGGAUUAGAGAAGCUAGAUAUAAGGAGACAGAUAUAAUGAAAGGAUGGACUUAGAGCAUAAAGUAAAAUCUUGGUGUAACAGACUAAUAUUGUGGGAGGGAGUAUUAGCUUUAACGAAAAUCCAUUGUAUGGAAGUAAUCAAUGCAGUGGACAUAGUCUGCUGCAUCAGUCAACUUCCAGACAUGGACAAAUGAACAAAUACUGCAUUGAUGACACUACCAAACAUAUUAAGUAUAAACAACAGUAUUAUAGUACAGUACAGUAAAUUACAGUCCAGUACCUGAAAGUCAAAGAGAAGUGUAGUACAGUAAUUUUCUUACGUUUUUCUGGUGGAUAGAUGAGCUCACAGUUAGAUUCCUGUGCAUCCAUGAAUCAGACAUUAUUUUUGUUAUUACACCAUCUUCAUUUAAACAGGCUAUUGAGACACUGCAUUUCACCUUACUUAUUACAGUGGACCCUCACCUAACGAUAUUAAUCCAUUCCUGAGAGCUCAACGUUAGGUGAAAUUAUCGUUAGCCAAAUUAAUUUUCCCCUUAAGAAAUAAUGGAAAUCAAAUUAAUCCAUUCCUGACACCCCAAAGUAUGAAAAAAAAAAAUUUUUUACCACAUGAAAUAUUAAUUUUAAUACACACAAACUGAAGAAGACAUGUACAAUUACAUGACACUUACCUUUAUUGAAGAUAUGGUGAUGAUUGGUGGGAUGGGAGGAGGGGAGAGUGUGGAUGGUGUUAAUGUUUAGAAGGGGAACCCCCUUCCAUUAGGACUUGAGGUGUCAAGUCCUUUUCCGGGGUUACUUCCCUUCUUUUAAUGCCACUAGGACCAGCUUGAGAGUCACUGGACCUCUGUCGCACAACUUAUCUGUCCAUAGAGGCCUGUACCUCCCGUUCCUUUAUGACAUUCCUAAAGUGUUUCACAACAUUGUCAGUGUAAUAGUCACCAGCACGGCUUGCAAUAGCUGUGUGAGGGUGAUUUUCAUCAAAAAAGGUUUGCACUUUAAGCCACAUUGCACACAUUUCCUUAAUCUUUGAAGUAGGCAACUUCCUCAAUUUCUCUAUCCCCUCCUCCAGAGCAGUUUCCUCAGGUCUGGCCUCUUGCUGUUGAAGAUGAUCUUGCAGCUCAUCAGUGGUUAGUUCUUCAUUGUCCUCCUCCACCAACUCUUCCACAUCAUCCCCACUAACCUCCAACCCCAAGGACUUCCCCAAUGCCACAAUGGAUUCCACAACUGGCAUACACUUCUCACGGUUAGCCCCAAACCCUUCAAAAUCCCUUUCUUCUACACAUUGUGGCCACAGUUUCUUCCAAGCAGAGUUCAAGGUCCUCUUAGUCACUUCCUCCCAAGCCUUACCUAUAAUCUUUACACAAUUGAGGAUACUAAAGGGAUCUCUCCAAAACUCUCUUAGAGUCAAUUGAGUUUCUGAGGUCACUACAAAGCACCUUUCAAACAUAGGUUUUGUGUAGAGUUUUUUGAAGUUUGCAAUGACCUGCUGGUCCAUGGGCUGCAGGAGAGGAGUUGUAUUAGGAGGCAAAAACUUGACCUUAAUGAAGCUCAUGUCCCCAGAAAGUUGCUCUGCCACAUCUGAAGGAUGACCAGGAGCAUUGUAUAAUACCAGGAGGCACUUAACGUCCAAUUUAUUUUCCAGGAGGUAAUUUUUCACAGUGGGGGCAAAUGCAUGGUGUAACCAGUCAUAGAAAAGGUCUCUAGUGACCCAUGCCUUACUGUUUGCCCUCCACAUCACACACAAAUUAGCCUUGAGGACAUGGUUUUUCCUGAACACUCUGGGAGUUUCAGAGUGAUACACCAAUAAAGGCUUCACUUUGCAAUCACCACUAGCAUUAGCACACAUCAACAGAGUAAGCCUGUCUUUCAUAGGCUUAUGUCCUGGGAGUGCCUUUUCCUCCUGAGUAAUGUAGGGGUUCAGGGAAACCGGCAGGCCGGACUUGAGUCCUGGAGAUGGGAAGUACAGUGCCUGCACUCUGAAGGAGGGGUGUUAAUGUUGCAGUUUAAAAACUGUAGUGUAAAGCACCCUUCUGGCAAGACAGUGAUGGAGUGAAUGAUGGUGAAAGUUUUUCUUUUUCGGGCCACCCUGCCUUGGUGGGAAUCGGCCAGUGUGAUAAUAAAAUAAAAUAAUAAUGUAGGUCCUGCUUGGCAUUUUCUUCCAAAACAUGCCUGUUUCGUCACAAUUAAACACUUGUUCAGGUUUCAAUUCUUCAAUGUCUAUGUACUCCUUGAAUUCCUUCACAUAUUUUUCAGCUGCUUUUUGGUUCGAACUGGCAGCCUCACCAUGCCUUAUCACACUAUGUAUGCCACUACGAUUCUUAAAUCUCUCAAACCAACCUUUGCUGGCCUUAAAUUCACUCACAUCACCACUAGUUGCAGGCAUUUUUCUAAUUAAAUCGUCAUGUAACUUCCUAGCCUUUUCACAUAUGAUCGCUUGAGAGAUGUUAUCUCCUGCUAUCUGUUUUUCGUUUAUCCUCACCAAUAACAGUCUCUCAACAUCUUCUAUCACUUGCGAUCUCUGUUUUGAAAACAAAGUUGCACCUUUGCCAAGAACAGCUUCCUUGAUUGCCGUUUUCUUGGCCACAAUAGUAGUGAUGGUUGAUUGGGGUUUUGUGUACAACCUGGCCAGCUCGGAGACACACAUUCCACUUUCAUACUUAGUAAUGAUCUCUUCUUCAUAUCCAUAGUAAUUCUCACCCUUUUUGCUGUAGGGUUGGCACUAGAAGCUUUCUUGGGGCCCAUGGUGACUUAUUUUGCAGGUGCAAUCACUAAAAACGCUGUGAUAAUAUGAAAUGUUCCGAUUGUAUGUUUGGAUGCGACCACGGUGGCUGGCUUGUAAACACUGGCACCCACGGGACAAGUGAGGCGCGCUCAGGCCACACGUGGACGCGUCUCGAAUGGAACGAAUCGUGUUGGGCGAGUUUUUUAGUGCUAGCUGAAGCAAAACUUUUGCAUUAAAAUGUAUCGCUAGGCGGAUUUAACGUUAUGCGAUGCGUUCGUUAGGCGAGGGUCUACUGUAAUUCAUGUUUCUGCUUAACACUCAGAUUCAUGUAUUUCUUCUUGGCACCAUCACUUGCUUUGGAGGCCAUUGUUAGUAACACUGUUUGGGGUACUUUACUACCCCCUUACCUGUGGCAUACCUAGAAAUUAAAAUUCCUGUAUGUAUAUGGCAAGAUUUUUAUAAAUAAAAGAGAGAUCUUUGUUUCUUACAGAGUGCAUUUUUUCUGUAUUGAAUAAGACUAAGAUGAGUGAAUCUGACAAAAACUUAAGAUUUUAUGGUAAGUUGAAGUUAGUGAAAAAAUGAUUACUCGUUAGCAGCAGUGAUGUAAAUGUGAAAUGUUUUACCAAAUUUUUUAUCAUUUUUAAAUGUAAAAUGUUUUGCCAAAUUUUUUUAUCAUUUUUAAUAUUUAACAAUAUGUAUACUACUUUCUUAUGAUAUUAGAUGUUUCAAGGUGUUUUAGUAUUUCAAACGUGGGGAAAUGCAUAGCCAGAUAUUGUUCUACGUAGAAUGAACAGUAUAAAGACUGAGUCACAUCCUUGAGAUUUAGUCACGUGAAGGUGGGGCAAGCCUGAAGGUGGGGAAUUCUGAAGGAAGGGUAGCAUCUGUUCCUAUGGCUAGCCAUUACAGCAGUGAUUGUAGUCUUACCUGUGCUGGACUCAGUGAUUUACACAUCCAUACUCCAGCACAGUGUGUGUAGAUUGUGCAGUGGUGUUCUGUACUGCCACACAUAAAAGAGAGGUUAAGAGAGUAGUUAGGGAGUGUCAAAGGAGAGCAAAUGAGAGUAGGUGAGGUUCUAUCAACAAAUUUUGCUGAGAAUAAGGAAAGGUUGUGGAGUGAGAUUAAUAGGUUGAGUAAGCCUAGGGAACGAAUGGAUUUGACAGUUAAAAACAAAAGGGGGAGUUAUUAGAUGGGAGUUGGAGGUAUUGGGAAGAUGGUAGGAAUAUUUUGAGGAGCUGUUAAAUGUUGAUGAGGAAAGGGUGGCAGUUAUUUCGUGCAUUGACCAGGGAGAUAUGACAUCUUUUGGGAGUGAGGAAGAGCCAGAUGUGAGGAUGGUGGAAGUGCAUGAGGCAGUGGGUAAGAUGAAAAUGGAGAAAGCAGUUUUGAUUGAUGGGAUCAAGACAGAAAUGUUAAAAGCAGGUGGGGAUAUUGUUUUGGAGUGGUUGGUACUUUUUCUCAAUAAAUAUAUGAAAAAGGGGGAGGUACCUAGCAAUUGGCAGAGAGCGUGUAGUUCCUUUGUAUAAGGAAAAGGGGGACAAAAGAGAGAGUAAGAAUUACACGGUAAUAAGUUUGUUGAGUAUGCUAGGUAAAGUAUAUGGUUAUUAUUGAAUGAAUUAAGAGUAAGACAGAGAACAGGAUUGCUGAUGAACAAGAAGGCUUUAAAAAGGGUAGGGAAUAUGUAGACCAAGUGUUUACAGUAAAGCAUAUAAGUUAACAAUAUUAACAUUAAGGUAAGGAAGCUUUUGUUGCAUUCAUGUAUUUAGAAAGGCUUAUAAUAGGGUGAAUAGGGGAGCAGUGUGGUAGAUGUUGCAAAUGUAUGGAAUAGGUGGUAGGUUAUCAAAAGCAGUUAAGAGUUUUUAUGAGGAUAGUGUGGCUCAGGUUAGGAUAUGUAGGAGAGAGGGAGAUUAUUUUCCAGUAAAAGUAGACCUUAGACAAGGAUGCAUGAUGUCACCACAGUUGUUUAACAUAUUUAUUGAUGUGGUUGUAUGCUGGGGUGUUGGGAAGAGGUGCAGGAUUAAAAUAUGCAGAAUCUAAUACAAAGUGGGAGUUGUCACAGUUACUUUUUACCACUUACACUGUGCUUUUGGGAUAUUCUGAAGAGAAGUUGCAAAGGUUGGUGGAUGAAUUUGAUAGAAGAUAUAAAAAAUGGAACUUAAAAGUGAACAUAGGAAAGAGCAAGGUAAUGAGGGUAACAAAUAAUUUAGGCAAGCCAUAGAAUUGAGGAGGAAAAAAAGAUUAGUGGUGCAUUGAAGCAUCAAUGGAGACAAAGAUGUUGUCCAUGGAGGCAAAAAGGGAAAUGCAUGAGAGUACAGUAGCACCAACACACUUUUAUGAGUGUGAAGCAUGGGUUGUGAAUGUUGCAGCAAGGAGGCUGGAGGCAGUGGAGAUGUCAUGUCUGAGGGUAAUGUGUGGUGUAAAUAUUAUGCAGAGAAUUUGUAGUUUGGAGAUUAGGAGGAAGUGCAAGGUUACUAAAAGUAUUAUCCAGAGGGCUGAAGAAGGGUUGUUGAGGUGGUUUCAACAUUUAGAGGAUGGAGCAAAAUAGGAUGACUUUGAAGGUGUAUCCUCUUCAAGGGGGGCUCCUUGGCGUGGUGAAGAGGCUCUUGGUCUGAGGAAUUAGACCUGUCAGUCUCCUUGCUCAGACCGAACCUAAUUACCCCCCAAUCCCCCCUUCCCUAUUCCAUCCUCCCCAUCCCAUCCUCCCCAUCCCAUCCUCCCCUUUUUCCUUUCCUCCUCCUCCUCCCCACCCCUCCCUUUUGCCCUUCCUUUUUUGGCCUUUGGGAUUUUUCCCACAGGCGUGCUAGUUCCUGGGUAGGGAAAAGGGUACCAGGGUCCAUCCCAUUCCGUUGAGGUUCUUGGCGGUGGCGUAGUUUGCCGUGGAAUCUGGAUCGCCUCGGGAUGUCCUGAUCCCUCUCCGGUGUCCCAGAGGGUGGCUUUGGGUGUCUUUCAGGCAAUGGGUGUAUCUCUGGAAGCCACCUUUCGGAUUCCGGGGUGGUGGCUGAAGGAGGUAUGCUUUGUGGCGGAUAUCCGGCCGCCCUCUCUUUUGUCCACUGAGGUAGCUUGGCAGAUGUGAGGUUGCUAUCCCAGAUUGCUGGUUUACUGGCAUGAUGGGUAGGGUAUGGCAUGGGUUCCAUGCUGCAUCUGCACUACUUGCGGUGCUGAGGUCCUCUUGGGUGCAGAGGGAGAUUUCUGGCCCUUUCAUUCCUCCUAGGAACUAUCCCUCCCCGGUCCCCCCUUUUUUAUUCUUUUUUUUAUUUUUAUUUUCUUUUCUUCUUUCUUUUUUUUUUCUUAAAAACAAAAAGAAAGAAGUAACCUAACCAUGGAGUUCCCGAUCCAUGACCCCGCUACCCCCGGGCCCCUUAUUGUUACCGCACCCCGUUCUGACCUCGCCUCGUCUUUUGGCCACUCUUCAGACAUUCCUUAGGCCCCUGUACCUCUUGCUGGUGCUGUUUCCUCACCCGCUUCAGGUACUGGGGCUUCCACUGACUCCUUCGAUUUGUCUGACCUCCGCUCUCCUUUGACUAUGCUUCCGGCUUCUCCCUCUACGGUGCGGCAAUUUUUGAAUCGCCAGCCCGUCCCAUGUCAGACCGACUCUGGUCCCACUUCUAAACGUCAACGACAAUCUCCUAAUGAUGUUACUUCGUUACCCUCCCUUUCUACUCGGAAAAGACCGACACGUCAUGCACUCCCUCUCCACACUCAGUUUCAGACCACACAAUGGACUAAAUUCUUUACAUUAAGACAGACUUCUUCUACUGCCUAUCUUUCCAACCAUAGUAUUGGCAAAGCGCUCCUACGCCACGUUGGUAGAGAUAUUUCCUUUCAUGCUCUUAAGAGUGGUACGCGCAUCAUCACAGUCCAGAAUUCUACUCAAGCUCAUGAUCUUUCUCUUCUUUCACAUAUCGAUACUAUUCCUGUCACUAUCGAAAAACUUCAUUCCCUCAAUUCUUGUAGUGGUACUGUUAUUCUGCCCCAUACCAUAGUCCAACAGAAUUUCCAGACAUGUGGCACUGACAUUCUCGAACAGCUGGAACUCCAAGAUCUCCCAAUUCUCAAGGUAGACACUUAUGUUCUUCCUGCCCGCAGGCUAAGACGAUACCCUUGCAAUGUGGCUCAUUUAACUUUUGACAGCCGUGAACUCCCAUCCUGUUUAUGUAGCAGGACAUUGGUUACAUGUUCGGAAGGUGAUCCCUACACUGCAACAGUGUAGGAAUUGCUGGCGAUUUGGCCACCCAGCAAAAUAUUGCAGAUCUAUAGCCGAAUGCCCAGUCUGUGGUGCCGAUGACCAUUCUAAUACGACUUGCAGUCGAACUCCCUCUUGCCUCAGUUGUCAUGAGGCUCACCCUUCGUACUCUCGCCAUUGCCAAGUCUACUUAAAUGAGCGGGAAAUUCAUUGCCUCAAAGAGGCAGAAGGUCUCCCUUAUGCUAUGGCAGUUUCUCAUCUCUGCCUCCAAUGGAGACUGCCCCGUGUUUCUUAUUCUCGUGUUUCAAAGCGUCCCCCCACUUCUGGGGUCACAUCUUCUGCAGCCUCCUCUGCGGUUGCCAGUCCCAUAGUCACUCCUGUAUCUAAUUCUUUUGCUGUCCUGGGCUCAGAUGUCCCUACUUCAACUCCUCAGUCUGUCCUCACUUCUUCGUGUCCUCCCUCACAAAUCCCGGUAUCGACAAGACCUCGUACAACACCUCCUCCCAAUCGUCCCUCUACUUCUCAGAAGCCCAAAAAAUCUCCUUUAACCCCUCCUUCUCUUCAUCCACCUCCACAUUUUACCUUCCCGGUCUCUGUACCUGAGUCUUCCCCUUUCAGUGGCUCUGUUACAAGUAUGGAGGUUCAUCCUCCUCCUCGUGCUGUGCCUUCCUCCCCUGUCCCCUCCCACGUUUCUUCCUCUUCUGCCACCUCCCAGGUUUCUGCCUCUUCUGUACCCUCCCACACUUCUCCACUUCCCUCCACCCUUUUGCCCCCCCUACCUUGGUACAGUCCAUUACAGCUCCGAUCUUUACUCAAACUUCUCCUCCUUCCAUCUCCAAUAUUGUCUCCCAUACGAUGUCUCUGAACUCCGAAACACUUGAAGCAAUCUCUGAAUAUAUUGCAGAGACCAAACCAUCAGUGGACACUGAUCCACCCUCUGUUCCUUCUCUUUCCUCUUCUCCAUCUGCGCAACUCCUUUCUUCACAACGCACCGUUCCUUCGCUACUUGAACGUUUUCCUUUGCCACCACAUGUAGACUUUUCUAACCCCUCUAGUCCGUAGGUACCCUUACCUGCGGAUUUCAGGUAUCUUUAUCGUUGAAAAUCAUGGCCUAUUUACAGUGGAAUAUUCGCGUCCUCAGGGGUAAUCGUGGUGAGCUUCAGAGGUUGCUCUCCCAGUUUUCCCCUGUUGGUGUUUGCUUACAGGAACCAAAAUUACACUCUGCCAUUAUCUAUUCUAUCUCAGGCUAUAAUUUACUGUAUUCUUCAGAUCCUUUUCCUGAUGGGACCUUUAAUGAAAGUGCCCUUCUUCUGCGCACUGAUAUUCCAUACCAUCAGCUAUUUGUUUGUACCGCUGCAUUACACAGCAGCCUGUAUCCACUUGCAUAGGUGGUAAACACUCUGUUCUUUGUAUCUCUCUCCUUCUCGGGCAUUAUCUGUCCCAGAUAUUGCCUUUCUUGUUUCGUCAUUACCGCCACCACUUCUGUUACUUGGCGAUUUUAAUGACCAUCAUUUCCUCUGGGGGGGUCUCACUGUGAUUCCCGUGGCAUUCAGUUAGAAGCUUUUCUUGCUACCCACCCCCUCCAUGUUUUAAAUAUAGGUACUCACAUCCAUUUUGAUCCUCAGACUCAUACUCUCUCUUGCAUCGAUCUCUCAGUCUGCUCUUCCUCCGCCGCAUUAGACUUCACCAGAUCUGUUCUCCUGGAUUUACAUAACAGCGAUCAUUUCCCAAUCAUUCUUACUUCCCCUUCAUAUUCACCACCUCUUCGUAUCCCACGCUGGCAAUUUGAUCAGGCAAAUUGGAACCUUUACUCACAGCUAACUGUUUUUAGUGAGGUUCCUUCUUCGUCCUCCAUUGAUGAGCUUUUACACCUCUUCUCGUCCUCCGUUUUAAAGGCAGCUUCUCAUUCUAUACCCCAAACUUCGGGAAGACAUUCUCAGAAAUGCGUGCCUUGGUGGUCUCCUGCUUGUGCUCAUGAAGUAUGUUUGAAAUGCGCUGCGUGGGGCAGGUAUCGGUACAAUAGAACCACGGAGAGACUUCUUGAUUUUAAGCAGAAGCGUGCAAUCGCUCGCCGUGUCAUCCGUGACGCUAAACGCACUUGCUGGUGAGACUGUCUCUCCACCAUCACCUCUGCUUCCUCUAUGAGUGCAGUCUGGAAAAAAGUACGAAAACUGAGUGGUAAAUAUUCUCCUGACCCAGCUCCUGUUCUGCGGGUUGCCGGUGUUAAUAUAGCAAAUGCACUAGAUGUUGCCAAUGAAAUUGGCAAUCAUCUGGUCCGUAUUUCUCAGAGGCUCCAUCUAUGCCCCUCGUUUCUUUCCUCAAAGUCUGGCAGAGAGUUAGCACGUUUGGACUUUUCUUCUCUCAGAGAAGAACAGUAUAAUGUGCCUUUUACACUUCAGGAACUGGAGGCAACACUCUCAGCUUGUCGAUCAUCGGCAGCUGGGCCCGACCACAUUCAUACUCGUAUGCUACAACAUGUACAUCAGUCAGCCCUUGCAGUCUUAUUACGCCUUUUCAAUCUUAUUUAGUCACAUCACAGGGAGUUCUUCCACAGCUGUGGAAAUCUGCCAUUGUUCUCCCUUUCCGCAAACCGGGUACUACGGGACAUGAAGCCUCCCACUAUCGUCCCAUUGCUCUUACCAGUGCAGUUUGCAAAGUGAUGGAACGCCUGGUAAAUAGACGUUUAGUGUGGUAUUUAGAGACACACAACAGUCUCUCCACUUGUCAAUAUGGCUUUCGUAAAGGCCGUUCUACCAUAGACCCCUUCCUACGCUUGGAUACAUAUGUUCAUAAUGCCUUUGCGUAUAACCACUCAGUUAUUGCCAUAUUUUUUGACCUUGAGAAGGCAUAUGACACAACUUGGAGGUAUAAUAUUUUGGCCCAAGCCCACUCCUUAGGUCUUCGAGGCAAUCUACCAUCCUUCCUUAAGAACUUUUUAACUGACAGACAUUUCCAUGUUCAGGUUAAUAAUGUGCUCUCCCCGGACUUUAUCCAAGCUGAAGGUGUCCCCCAGGGAUGUGUUCUGAGCACAACACUUUUUCUCCUUACUAUAAAUGAUUUGGCCUCUAGUCUUCCAUCCAAUAUUUGGUCAUCACUCUAUGUUGAUGACUUUGCUAUUGCCUGUGCAGGCACUGACUGUCACCUCAUUACAGUUUCUCUCCAACAUGCGGUCGACCGUGUUUCGAAUUAGGCCACCACACGUGGGUUUAAAUUUUCCAAUAUCAAAAGUCACCAAAUUACUUUCACUAGACAUUCUGUCAUCUCCGAUCAUCCUUUGUACCUCUAUGGCACCUGUAUCCUUGAACGUGAUACAGUCAGGUUUCUAGGCCUCCUCUUUGACCGUAGGUUAUCCUGGAAACCUCACAUUACCUCUCUGAAGGCAACUUGUCACAGCCGGCUGAACCUUCUUAAAACCCUUGCUCAUCUUUCAUGGGGAGCUGAUCGUCGAACUCUCCUUCGCCUACAUUCCGCCCUCAUUUUAUCGAAACUUGAUUAUGGUGACCAGAUCUAUUCAGUGGCCUUUCCUGCUACUCUCUCUAGCCUUAACCCCAUUCAUCACCAAGGAUUACGUUUAUGCCUUGGUGCUUUUCGCUCUUCCCCUGUUGAGAACUUCUAUGCAGAAGCGAACGUUCCAUCCUUAUCCGAUCGCCGGGAUGCCCAUUGCCUUCGCUACUAUGUAUGCUCUCAUGAUCUCCGCAAUCCUUCCAUUUAUAGAAUGGUCACCGAUAUUAGUAGACAUUCUUUAUUUGUUCGUCGCCCCUGUUUGCUCCGUCUCUUCUCUCUUCGCCUACAUUCGCUCUUUUCUUCUCUUCAAUUACCACCUCUCUAUGUUCAUGUAGCAUCUCCCUUUUCCCUACCCCCCUGGGAAGUUCCAGCUGUUCGAGUCUGUUCUUUCUCACUCCCUUGCUUGAAAGCCCAACUGUCUACGGUAGCUUCCCGCUCUCUUUUUCUUGACCACUUCCACUCUCAUUCUCAUGGCAUUGCAGUGUACACAGAUGGCUCUAAGUCUUUUGACGGCGUAGGAUUCGCAGCAGUGUUUCCGGACAGCGUCGUAUGAGGGCAUUUACUAUCUUCGGCUAGUGUCUUUGCUGCUGAAUUGUACCCCAUUCUUGCAGCACUUAUCCGUAUUGCAUCUAUGCCUGUGUCAUCAUUUGUGGUUGUCUCAGACUCCCUUAGUGCUUUACAGGCUAUACAGAAAUUUGAUACACCUCACCCCUUAGUCCUCCAUAUCCAACUUUGGCUACGCCGCAUCUCUUCCAAGCAUAAAGAUAUUGUUUUUUGUUGGGUCCCUGGUCAUGUUGACAUACAGGGCAAUGAACAGGCAGACACUGCUGCGCGGUCAGCAGUACAUGACCUACCAGUUUCAUAUAGAGGUGUUCCAUUUACAGACUAUUUUGCUGCAAUAGCUACCAACCUUCACACCCGUUGGCAACAAUGUUGGUCUACUCUGCUUGGUAACAAACUUCAGUCUAUUAAACCGAGUAUAGGUUACUGGCCGUCUUCUUAUCACCAGUGUCGAGGUUGGGAGACUACUCUCUCCCGUCUUCACAUUGGCCAUACUCAUCUUACUCAUGGUUAUCUCAUGGAGAGGCGCCCUACUCCUCUCUGUGAGAAUUGUCAGGUUCCAUUAUCAGUUAGCCACAUUCUAUUAGACUGCCCAUUUUAUCAACUAGCACGCAGAAUAUACCUCCAGUGUCGUCUUUGCUCUGCUGCUCUCUCUUUACCUUCCCUUCUUGCUGAUGGACCCACCUUUCAUCUGGACUCUCUCAUUGACUUUUUGACAACAACUGACUUACUUCUCAAACUGAUGAUACCUUCAGCCCUUUCUUCCUCAAUCUCUUGCUACCCUCUACCCCCGCACUAUCCCCUGCCCAGCUGUUUUCUGUAACCUACUGAUCAUCCCUCCCUCCUCCUACCACCCAACACUCUCGCUUCCUUCCCUACCCUGCAGCGCUGCAUAGCCCUUGUGGCUUAGUGCUUCUUUUUGAUUAUAAUAAUAAUAAUUUGAAGGUGUAUAAAUCUGCAGUGGAGAGAAGUUGGGAUAGGGGCUGCCUUAGGAAAGGUUGGAGGCAAAGGAGGCUUUGUGAAUAAGGGGCUUGGAUGUCCAGCUAGUAUGUAUGAGCAUGUUAAAUAGGAGUGAAGGGAAAUAGUUUUGGGGAUUUGAUGAGUUGCUUGAAUAUGAGCGAAGUACAUUUUCCAAAGGGAUUCAGGAAAACUGAUUGGCUGGACUGAGUCCUGGAGGAGGGAAGUACAGUACCUACAUUCUAAAGGAGAGGUGGGGAUAUUUGUAGUUUGAAGGGGCAUUUGAACUGUAGUAUCUGCUCUCCUCCUUUGGCAAGACAGUGAUGGAGUGAAUGAUGGUGAAAGCAUUUCUUCUUUCCCUAGUCACCCUACCUCACUGGGAGAUGGCUGGUAUGCUAAAAAAAAAAAAAAAAUCUUUACUGCAUUGGUCUUUUAACAGUAUGUACAAGGAUUACAUGUGAUAUUACAAUUGUUUCAAGGAGUGAUACUUCUCAGUACAUGGAAAUAUGUCACAUUAUUUGACUAUAUUGUGUUAUCUAAGUUAAUUAUAUUACAUAAUUAAGUUUGAGGAAUAUCACAAGUCAUAUAAACAUAGUGUACAUAAUUUCAUAUACAUCAUUUCUGUUUGCCUUCCAGACCACCGUAAAACGUAUAUAUACAAGGAAAUCUUAUGUAAUUACAAUUAUUUCAUGGUAUAAUGUUCUUGAAACAUGGAAAUAAGUCACAUUGUUGAACUGUGAUGGGUUAUCAUGGAUUAAAUCUGUGUGGUGUGCUUAUUGAUUGAAUUCCACUGUUAGUAUCGUGAAAUUGUAAUAAAUUUGGAAUGGAUAUGGCAUCUUCCUAGGAGUUCCACAGCCUGUUUGUUGGUAGGGAAGCUGGUGCUGGAACAACAGGUCCUGGUUUCAUUGUUUACUUAUGCUAGUUAGGCAGUGUUACUCCAUGAUGUACUGCUUGGACCCACCUAGUCUUAUAUGUAUAUUUUUUUUUUCAAAGAUAUAUGGAGGUUGUAGGAGAUCCAAGCAGUUGAGCUGAAGUCAAAAAUGUUGGCAGGUGGAGUUUUUGAAUGCAUUAAAAGAUUUAAGUAAUGCUAAAUACUGUAAACCCCAAAAAAUUGGAGACCAAAUGAUGAUAGUACAUGAGAGAUUCCACAGACAGUGACAAACUGAUGCAAAUUGAGUUGCUGGCCCAGCUUGCUCAGGACUAAUGAAAAUGGACAGGUCCUAGUUGCAGCCCAGACAACACACACCUGUGAUGAAGCAGACUUGGUCUGCUUCACUGAUGGUACAACCUGACUGGAAAAUCAUGCACUGCAGCAGACUUGGUCUGCUAAAUUGAUAAUUCUGUUGGACAUCCCCCCAUGCAGCCAUAUUAUUUGUUUUUGUCCUAAAUCUGUUGCAUAAGGGUGCAUUACACAGAGGUUUUAUUGUCAGUAUGAACAAGCAUAGGAAAUUUAAUUAUUUUAGAAAUGCUUGGAGGAAAUAUCACCUUUCACCCUACUGUGUAGUGGAAAAUUAUGCACUGUUUCUGAUAUAGAUACAUGUUUGGUACGUAAAGGCGAAAAAAUAUUUCGGCUAUUAAUGCAUGUAAAGUACAUAUCUACAUACAUGUUAGACAAAUGACAAAGCCUGGACAUGAGAUAUGUAAGAUAUAAUGAAGCUCAAUAUUCUUUAUAUCUUUACGUUUACAUAAAAAUAAUUUUUUAAAAUUAUUUUAUAAGAAAAAUUAUUUUCCCUUUCUAAUAAUGUUUUCAAGGAAAAUUUUGACUAAUAUUAAAAUGUCAGUGUGAUAAAAUUAAUGUGAGGGGUUUUCUUUUUUUGGCAAAAUAACACUAGUAACCAACCAUGAUUUCAUGUGAUGUGGCACAAGAGUUAAUACCGCUUAGGUAUACCCUGUGAUUCUGGUACUUGACAUAAAGGAAAGCAUAAAUCCAUAUAUAAUCAGUGGUGGCACCAAAGCAGGGCUUGACAGGGAGCUUUUGCCCCCAAAAAGUUGGUCAGCCCCUAAAGGCCCCCAAAUAAAAAUAGUAAUAGCACUAAUGUUGUUUCAUAAUAAGUCUUGUAGUCCCCAACCUUACUAGAUAGCCACCCCUGGGCUUCCCAGUGUAAAAAUUCUGGCACUGCCCCUGAAAAUAAUAGCCGUUUUGUGCAAUCACUAAUGUAUGUGUUUCUAUAUUAGCUGCAAUCUGUUUUACUAAAGAGUUAUCCACAUUACAGUAAUUGCAAAUAUGGCUUCUCACUUCCAAUACCCUUUUAUAGUUUAAAUUUUACAUAUCACUUUUGCAUAAGUAAGUAUAGACAAGGCUUUGCUUGAGUGACAGCUAGUGAAGACACAAAGGGUUAGUUUUGUUGACACUUGCAGGAUUGCUGAAAUGAGAAGUUUUGCUGACUGAAUUAAUUAAUGUGACAUAUCACAUUAAUGCUACAACUGAACUUUCUGUAGCAUCUUGCUAGUGGAAAGAUUAAAACAAAAUGCUGUUUUGUUUAGUUCAUGAUAUAUUCCUGUAUUUUUGUUGAAGAUCAAAUGUCUCCAGUACCAAUAUAAGUAAUUGUUCCAAAAUUUCUUUAACUAUGUUAAUAAUACAGUUUAUUAUUUGACUUGUAUUGUUUAGUGAUUGUUGGCUGUGUGUAAUAUCUCUUGUGUGUUGAUGAACUUAUCUUAACAGAAGUGCUGAUCAGCACUCUGUGUACAGUUAGGACAAGACUUCAAAAGUGUACAUUAAUCAGUUUUUUUGUUAUGCUUGAUGUCAACACAGGCUAGCAUUACAUUACUUAACAGUUGUCGGUAUCUCUCUCUUGGCUUCCACUUCGUCACUUUUUAGUUUUGAAUUUUUAUAAUUCUUGACUUCGCAUCCUAGUGCUUCUGAAGGAGGGGUGAGAACGUUGCAACCAUAGGGUUGGGAAUUGUGAUGCCAUUACACUUCUGGUAAGACAGCGAUUGAAUGAAUGAUGGUGAAUGUGGCUUUUUUUUGGGGGGGGGGGGGGUCACCUUAUCUUACAUUUUAUUACAUCACGAUUCAAUAUAGAGACUGUAUAUUCAUGAAUAGUUGCAUGUAUGCAGGAGAGAGUUGUGAAAAAAAAUCUGUGUGUGUUUGUGAAUGGCACUCAUAUUUUCAUCAGCUGCUGAUGUUAAUUUUUUACAAGCAUUUCAGUAGACAGGUUUAAUGUAAUGGAUAUUCUUAGGUUUUCUUACCUAGAUGGUACUCUAUAUUCAGUCUUUUUCCUUUCUUACUGGCUUCAGUCUUUUUUUCUUUUCUGUCACUAAGAUUUAUGACUCAUCUUUUGCUUUGGGUUAGUAACUAUUUCCUGAAGUGUGUUGAGGGCUUUCUACAGCCACCUUCAAUCCUUUUCAGUUUGUAUUCUAAUUAUUUCAACAUCAUCUGCAAAUAGUAAUAUGAAGGAGUUUAGUCCCAUUGUCGGGUCAUUAAUAUACACUAGGAAUAAUAUGGAGUUCAGUGCUAUAACCAUCAUCAUCCUGAUACUUCAUCUCUUGUUUUCCAUAGAUUUUUAUUUAUCUCUGUUAAUAUGUUAGGUUCUAAAUAUUUGUGUGCAGUUACAGCAAUACUGCUCAUGUUCAUGGUGUCCUGCCCUCAUAUAAUUUUCUUAAAUUUCCAGUUGUUCUUAGCACUAUUUUUUCUAUCUACCAUUCUGUUUGUUAAAAGAAAUGUUUCCCACUGUCCUUUCUACAUUGCAUUUUAUGUACCAUAAUUUAGAGUACAGUAAUGACCCCUUGUUUUCCUGAUUGUUGGCACUGAAGUCCCUAUCUACUUUAUUUUGCACUCAUAAAUUUGUCACUAUUACUGCUCUUCUCAUCUUCCAAUUAGGACAAUUCCAGUGGCUUUAACCUUUCUUUGUAACUUAUAUUUAUUAGUUGUUGACUUUAUUUCAUGUCUUUUAACUUUAUUUUGACUGUAUUCACAAAGGUGUUGACACCAUACUAUAAUCACACAUUCCACAUCUUGUCAAAUACGUGUUCUAAAACAAAUUCACUAUUUUGCAAACCAUGUAUUAGAAAAUAUUUCAAAACCAAUAAAUAUAGCAUCAGGGUUUCUCACUACACUGUUUCUAUGAUUUUCAUGUAAUAACUUUUUGUUAUAAUUACCCCAAGGUAUUUUUCUUUAUCUUUUGCUCUUAAAAUUUGAUCACACAAGCUAUAAUCAUUAUUCAGCCUAUUUGCAAUUGUGCCCAUUUCCAUUUUGUGGCAUUUAUUAAUAUACAGUAAGACCUCAGUGUAACUGGCUCCUAGGCAAUGAAUUUUAGAUAUAAUGGGCAAAAUUUUUGGCAAGAGGACACCAUGGUGAGUCCACUGUAUGGGGUGUCCAAUAGAAUCAUUAAUGUAAUGGACCAAGUCCUUUGCAUGGCAUAUUUAUCCAUAUAUAGUACCAUUGAUUCAGCAGACCAGAUCCUAUACAUCGUAGAUUUGUCAGAAAUGUGCCACAUUCAGUAGGCUGCUAGCCAAGCCCACAUCAGUUUAUUAUCUACAUUCACUCUUACAUACCAUCAUCACUUGGUCUUUGAUUAUCCCUGGAUUUGUGGUAUUUUUUGUUACUUUAUUAUAAUAUAAAAGUACUGUACUGUAUUUUAAAGUACUGUUAAUGUAAUGUAUAUAUUACAUUAACCACUUAUUAUAGUUACUAUUAACUUUUAUUAUUUUCAGGUAAUUUACUGUACUACAGUAAAUCAUAGUUUUUCUUAGUACAUAUCCAGUCAUGUCAUUGAUGCAGUGGACUAAGUCCACUGGAUGGGGCAUUUGUUCUUGUCUGGAAGCAUCAUCAAUGGAAUGGAUUUCCUUUUAAGGGGAACACCCCAUGCCUUUCCCCAUUAGUUCAUUAUUGUGAGGUUUCACUGUAUAUUUUGACCUUUUAUUUUUUACUUACUGGUAUGUUUUCAAUUCAUCUCAAUCCUUAAAAAAAAAAAAGAGCAGUCUUGAUUUUCUACUUUACAUGAUUAUUGCAUCAUCCACAUUUUCAAAUACAUAAUUUAUUCAUUCUAGUAGGUUAUUUAUAUAGUUUACGAUGAAAGCAUCAUGAGGGUGAACUCUGAUUCUUGCAAGAGUCCCACUAGUAGUAUCAUCCCACAAAGGCAUUGUAUCCUCUGGUCCUCUUGUCACAGAUUUGUUUCUUCUAAAGAAAUCUUUCAACCCUUGCAGAUUUCCAGAUUAAUGUCUUGAGAAUCUAUAUCAAAAGAUGUUUUUUUAAUUACAUGCAGUCUUUCUACCCAUUUCUUGUAUAAUUUUUGUAACUAUUAUUAGAAGUUAAUAACUGAAUUUGCAUGAAAAGAUUUAUCAAAAAUCAACCUGCUUAUUAUUUAGCAGAGAUGUUUUAUCCACUUUCCUCUAAUAUUAGAUUCUCUUCAGUGUUUUAGAAACUACACUUCCUUGUGAAUCAGACUUGUAAUUUUAAAUACAUAUUGGUACAAUAUUUGUUAUUUUCCACUGAUCUGGCAUUUUACAUUUUUUUUUUUUUUUUUGUGAAAUCUUAAAGUUAAUCCAGAUUAGAUAACUUAAUUCUUCUGUACAACUUACAGUAGUACUUUGUAUGAACUUGCUUUUCUAUUUUUUCUUUGAUCUGUUAAUAAUUUCAUAGUAUAAUCUGCUUAUUUUGGUGGACUCUCUUUAAUUUAUGUUUUGGGUUCAUGUCAGCUCAUUUAUAUUUCUGUCAUAAUUAAAAAACUAAUGGUUACUCUUGAUUUGUUGCACUUUUCCUUCUCAUUAAAUUUUUUUUAUGAAUUUUAUUACAGUAGUACUGUAAAUUGGUGGUGGUGACUGUUAACAUUCCAACUUAGGCACAACAUUUUGAAAGACUGACCUUUCCAUUCCUUCUUGUCUUAGUCAUCAUACCCUAGAAUUCCUAUAGAUUAGUUAGGCAAGAUUUUCCUUCUUAGAAUCUAUACUGAUUAUUUGUAAGUAGUCUUGCCAAGUGUGCAUGUGUGUAUUUGUAUAUAUACAUAAAUGUAUGUAUGCAUUUGCACAGGUAGAUAUAUGAAAGAUUAGGUAAAGUAAGAUAAAAUUAGUCAUUGCUCUUUGAUGUGUCUUUUAAUGAGACUGGUUGUGAGGGGUGUCUAAGGAGUAUGGUAUAUAAAGAUAUAGAUAAACAAAUUUUUUAUAUUAACCAUGUUUAACCCUUUGAGGGUCGGUCACGUACAAGUAUGUCAUUGCAGCCAGGCUUGGUCACGUACUUGUACGCCUAAAUUCUAGAGCCUUCAAAUCUGGUGGAAGAAAGCUGGCAGGCCUACAUGUGAAAGAAUGGGU